UAAGAUUUUUUUUUAUUCAGGAACCCUGGCUGCAGUAUCUGAUGGCAUGACAUACGGAUGGACAUCCCCCAUGAUUCCCUACUUUACCGAGGGCGAGGGUCACAUCCAAAUGACCCAGCAAGAAGCCCAAUUUAUGGAGACGAUCAACUUGCUAGGAAGCGCCUCGGGUUUGCCUUUCGUCCUAUUUUCCGUAAAUAAAAUCGGACGAAAAAAAUCCAUGCUGAUAGCCUCGUUUCUCGGAUCCCUUUGUUGGCUGACUCUUAUUUUCGCGCCGAACAAAGAAGUUAUAUAUGCCGCUCGAUUUUUCGCAGGAAUGGCCGGAGACAUGUGCUUUGUUGCGGCACCGAUGUACGUUGCCGAGAUAGCCCACCAUCGAAUCAGAGGCUUUCUAUCUGCUUUAAUAUAUCUGAUGAUGCUGCUCGGAGUUAUCAUUGUAUAUACUACAGGAGCAUAUGCGCCAUAUUAUGUUCCACCCCUAAUAGGAAUCGUUUUAACGGUAUGUCAAUGUAUUUUCUUCCCAUUUAUGCCAGAAUCUCCUUAUUAUUUCGUCUAUGUCAACAGAAUAAAUAACGCUAGAAAAGCAUUACAAAAGUUACGACGGUCUUCAGAUGUAGAAACUGAACUAAACGAGAUAAAGAAAUCAGUUGAAAGACAGCAACACGAGAAAGGAAGAAUUCAAGAUCUGUUCUUAAACAAAAACAACCGAAUUGCGUUGAUAAUAAUGACAGUGUUGAAUCUUGGUCAACAUUAUUCAGGAAUAACUAUAAUGGUUAUGAAUCUACACACCAUUUUGGAAGAAGCAGGAUCAACGUACAUUAACUCUUCAGUUGCUGCUAUUAUUUCUUCCGUCAUUAUGUUGGUCGGAGGAUCAACAGCAUCUGUGAUAAUAGAUAAAUUUGGACGAAAAUUUCUUUUAAUAACGUCAAGUAUAAGUACCGGAAUAGUGUUAACGUCAAUUACAGUUUUCUAUCAAUUAAAGUACAGUGGUUAUGAUGUAAGUAGGAUUAGUUGGAUCCCAGCGGUUGCUUGUAUGCUAUUUGCUGCAACUUUUAAACUAGGCCUAGGUUUAGUUCCGAUAGUAUUAACCGCAGAAAUAUUUCCUACUAAUAUUAAAGCGAUUGGUAUGACUGUUGCUGAAAUUUGGUAUAUUGUAGGAGCUGUAACAUCAGUAAAUGUGUAUUCUUGGUUAUUUGAAAGUUACGGUCUACAUGUUCCUUUCUACAUUCUGACUUGUUGCAGCUUUUCUAUGUGUCUGUUUACCAUUUUCUUUGUACCUGAAACAAAAGGAAAAACACUAGAUGAAAUCCAAAUUAUGUUAAGUGGUAAAUAAUAUAUAUUUACAGCGCUUUCACAUGCGACGGACCGUCCGCGACGGAGCGUCCGUGAACUCGAGUAAGUACCAUGAGUUUAUAUGAACAAUUUCACAUGAGCGCGUAUGCUCCGUCCGACGGAGUUUGUUCAACGGCUAUUUUGAAAAAACACGACCGACGGUCCGUCGCAUGUGAAAACGCUGUUACUGUAUUUAUUAUUUGUUUUUUAUCAUAUUCGAGAUUAAAAUAUCUAGAUCUAAUUGCUCAUCUGUUAUCUGAGUUCACGUUAGUCACAUACUUGACAAAUGCAAUUUAAAUAUAUUAUUUAUUAAGACCUAUUAAUAUGAUUGUUUCUUUUUUAGUUUUUUUGAAUAAAGUCAAUCCAAGAAGA